GAAGAGAAGCGCAGGCGAAACACCGCCGCCUCCGCGCGCUUCAGGAUCAAGAAGAAACAAAAGACGCUGAACCUCGAGCGCACCGUGUCGGACCUGACCGGGCGCGUCGACGAGCUCGAGCAGGAGGCGUCGGACCUGCGCCGCGAGAACGGAUGGCUGAAGGAGAUCGUGAUG